CUGAUGUCAAAAACAUCCCAUGAUCUGUAUCGAGAUUUACUCCAUCACCAUUAAAUGACUCUGUUUUUACCGAUGAAAAGGGUAAACCUCAGCACUCGCAAGUCGCAACGAAUCAUCUCAACUUUCUCUCGUCACCGUUCACUUUCUCUUCUCUAUUUAACUUCUGCACCAGUUCUGUUAUCACAGUCCUUCCUAGCCGACCCUUCGUCUCACCCUCUCUCUCUCUCUCUCUCUCUCUCUCUCUCUAUUAAAAUCCCUGAAUUUUCUUUGCUUUCAUCUCAUUUUAUUGACUUUCAAAUCCCAUUACAGAAGGGACUGGUAUCCUCAAUCAGAGUAACCUGACCCUUCGGUUUUAACCAUCACCACCACCAGAAAAUAGUCGGAGAGACACAGGAGAAUAGGGAGGGGAGCAAUCUGCAACGACGAUCCUGUGUUCACUCGAUUGAUGUUGUUUCCCUUUUUCUCUGGCAGACUCAAAGUUUUCUAGUGCUUUUGAUAACAGAUAUCCCAACUUCCCUCUCCGAAGGUUGCCUAACUCUGUUUCGCCUCACCAUGUCAAUCGCAGAUCCGUGGCCCUUCUCUUAACCAAAAAAUUCCGCUUUCUCUCUUUCGGACCGUUGAAUUGUUAGUUCUUAUCAUCAAUAUAUAUAUAUAUAUAUAUAGAAUACUAGAAAGCAUGAGGAAAACACAGGGUUUCAAGCUGGGACGCAAGCUCCUGACGGUCUUCAAAUGGGCCCUGAAACGAAAACGGAAGCGAGGUGGCUACAGGGCUUUACAACAUCCACCAUCUCAAAGCAGCAAGAGCAAGACGAUAUCGAAACUCUGCGACUGGGGCCGUAAUCUAAAGCGAGGAGCCAAGGGACUCUGUUCUGGGAAGUCCGGGUGGCGGUACGCGCGACUAGGGCGGGAGCAAUCGGACGCGAAGCCAGCUACUGCGGUGCCGAAAGGACACUUGGCGGUGUAUGUAGGGGAGAAGGAUGGGUAUCCACAUCGGGUCUUGGUGCCAGUGUUCUACUUCAACCAUCCUCUGUUCGCGGAGUUGUUGAGAGAAGCAGAGGAAGAGUUUGGGUUUCAACAUCCAGGUGGGAUUACCAUCCCUUGCCGGAUUUCAGAUUUUGAGAGCGUGCAAACGAGGAUCGCCGCCGGCGAGAGCUUCCGGAAACAGGCAUUGAAAUAUCGCAUUUAAUGUGUUGAUUUUGACCAUAAAAGAAUUCAGUGGAUCAUAAAAGCAGUAUAUUUGUUUUUUUUUUUGCUUUCCCUGUUUUCUUCUGGGAUUUUUACAGGGACAUGUAAUUACAGUGUUUUGGCUUUUAGCUUUAGAUGUGGAAAUGAAAGAGUUUUUUGUUUGUUA